AUGGGCCCUCCAAAGAACAAGUGGACAGAAACAGAAGAAGCAGCUUUGAAGGAUGGCAUUGCCAAGUAUGGCUUAGGAAAGUGGAGUGAGAUACUGAAAGACCCAGAAUUUAAGAUCGUCUUGAGAUCCCGUUCAAAUGUGAACCUUAAGGAUAAAUGGAGGAAUAUGAAUUUGAUGGCAAGUGGUUUGGGGUCUCAGAAUAAAGCUAGUCCUUCAUGUAAAAACAAUCAGAAGACUUCCAGUGAUGACGGAAAUGCUGUGGCUCUUGGAACGGUAGCCAAGAAUGAUACAGAAGCUCCGCCUCCGGCAGUGUAUAGUGAAACACCAGAGGAGGCCGGUUCUAAAACACAAAUUGCCAGGUUAGAUGAUCUUAUAUUGGAGGCCAUAACCCAGCUGAAGGAGCCUCAUGGAUCUAGUCGGGCUGCAAUUAUACAGUACAUAGAGGAAUGUCAAUUGGCACCACCUGACUUUGAAAAGAAAUUGGCUGCAAAUUUAAAGAUUUUAACAGAAGCGAGACGACUGGUUAAGGUGAAGCGUCAAUAUAAAAUUGCACCAAGUUCCAUGUCACUUGAUGUACGAAAAGACCCUUGCCCUUCGCUUCAGGAUGAAACCCACAAGGUUUCUUCGGAAGUAGACGUAAGUAAGAUCAGAAUGGUUACCAAAGCUGAGGUUGAUGCUGAACUAGAAGCGAUGAUGAGAAUGACUCGACAGGAGGCUGCAGCAGCUGCUGAACGUGCAGUAGAGGAGGCGGAAGCUGCAAUUGCAGCAGCCGAGGAAGCAGAAAGGGAAGCUGAAGAGGCAGAAGCCAAAGCAGAAGCUGCAUGGCUUGUUGCUGAGGCAGAAAUGAAGUCAUUAAAACGUAAAACUGUCCGUGCCUGGUAA